AUGCUUGAGACAGAAAGUGAAUAUAUGUCAACUCUGAAUCUGAAACCACCAAUGUUUGAUGUGAUGUGCUGGUGCCCAGUCUUUGUGCCAUCUGCUGACAUGGAGUUCCUAUUUAAAUAUAUGUUGGUGCCAGAAGGUGAACAGUCACAUUUUGUAGUCGUUCUCCUUCUAAAACAGGCUGAUGGCAAGCGGACAGCUGUGAGGGGCACUGUCACUGCACGAGGCAGUGCUGACUUAGUUCUGCUCGUUUGGUGGAUUGGAAUUCUUGUUCUUUACACAGUCCAUAAGGGGCAGUUUAACUGUCCUGGGGGAGGAUCACUGCACAGCUACUUGCUCGGCCUCCUCCUUCUCCUGGCUGCUAUAAUAUGUGCAUUGUCUGCUCUUGUGUACAUCAGUAUGCAAGGAACAAUUUCUAAUCCUGGCCCAAGAAAAUCACUUCCCAAGCUACUUUGUAUACGCCUAUUUCUCUAUGUCCCUGAAUUCAUCUGGGCUGUUGCAGGAGCUGUAUGGGUGUCUGACAGCAGUGUGCGCUGCGAGAAGACUGUGGUAAAUGGCAUCAUUGGGACAGUUAUUGCAAGCUGGGUGAUCAUCAUCUUUACCAUCAUUGGAGUCGUAAUUGCCUUUGAUCCACUUGGGGGGAAAAAAACGUUUUACCUCACUGACAGUGUAAAUUGGAACCUGGAAAGCAGCCAGUCAGGGCAGUUGCUAUAUAACGUGAAGAACACUGCCACCAGAGUCUGGGAAAAAAGAAUCAGGUUACUGUGUUGCUGCAUUGUGCAAGACGAUGACCACCGGGUGGCUUUUACAAGCAUCGCAGAGCUUUUCCGCAACUACUUCUCAGACACUGAUCUGGUGCCAAGUGACAUAGCAGCUGGUUUGACUCUGCUCCAUCAAGAGCAAGAUAAAAUGGAAAGUUGCCCAAAAGACCCUGAAGAAGUCCUGUGUCAUUCUCCAUCAUCUCUUGUGGCAGAUGAUUUGGAUAUUGAAGUGGAGAACUCUGCUCACUAUAUGCUCUUUGCUGCAGCUGCUUAUGGCUGGCCCUACUACAUAUACACCAACCCAUUUACUGCACUCUGUAAGCUCAGUGGUGACUGUUGUGGAAACAGACUGACAGAUUCUGAUGUAACUGGCAGUGAGCGUCACAACUUGCACUUUGGAUCCAUCCUAAAAAUAACAGGACUGCAGUACAGAGACUUCAUUCAUAUCAGUUUUCAUAACAAGAUCUAUGAGAUUCCAUUUUUUGUUGCUUUGGAUCACAGAAAAGAAGCCAUUGUGGUUGCAGUGAGAGGAACCCUGUCUUUUGAGGACAUCCUGACUGAUCUGUCAGCCGACUGUGAAGACUUGACACUGGAGGAUGUCCUGGAGAAUGGCUUUGUGCAUAAGGGAAUAACUCAAGCUGCCAAUUACAUCCAUCGAAAGCUAAUAAAUGAUGGAAUUUUAAACAAGGCUUUCACAAUUGCUCCAGAAUAUAAACUUGUGAUAGUUGGUCAUAGUUUGGGUGCUGGAACAGCUGCUAUACGAGGACUUCUGAGCAAGUCCCUUGCAGAUUACACUAAGCACUUCAUUGUUUCAGUCAUUGUGGGAAAGGACCUUGUUGCAAGGUUAAGUAUGCCCAACAUGGAGGAUUUAAAGAGGAGAAUAGUGAGAAUUGUGGCAAAUUGCAACAGACCCAAGUACCAGAUUUUGCUACGUGGUUGUUGGUAUGAAGUAUUUGGGGGAGAUCCAGAUAACUUCCCAACAGAGCUGGAUGGAAGAAACCAAGAUGCCCUCACCCAGCCCCUCCUGGCUGAGGAGAGCUUAAUGGUUCAUCGGUCUCCUUCCUACAAUGCCCUUGAUGAUGAAUCGCACCUAAAUUCACCACCUCAGUAUCCUCGUCUGUAUCUUCCUGGAAAGAUUAUCCACAUUGUAGAAGAAUCUAGCUCUAAGAGGUUGUGGUCUUCAGAUAUUAAAUAUACAGCAAGAUGGUCAAACGAAACAGUCUUCAGCAGCAUUUUAAUAAGUCCCAAGAUGGUGACAGACCACAUGCCAGAUGUUGUGCUUAAGGCUCUGAACAGUUUAUCUCAGGAGCAUCAAUCAUGCAUUUCAUGUCAAACACGAGAGUGUGACACCCAUGAGGUACAGCCAUAGCUCACAGGAGAGGUGUGGGGGGUUUCUCUUUGCAGGUUUCAAGUAUUCAGACACAUUCCACGUGCAGACCUAAGUGGAUUUCAGUACUUUUCUCACAUGGCAUAAAAUAAAGAAGGGCAUUAAGCCCUUGCCUCAGCAGCGACCUCAAGUGAUGUGGUGCUGGUUGAAGCACAGGUCCUGCACUGGUGCUGAAGGUUGAGCUAUUACAGA